AUGCAGGCGGAUAAGGGUUGCUGGACUUGCAAGCGUAAGCAACUGACCACGACGUCAUCGGGAGUGAGCUUCUUGAGUACUAACUCCCGUACUGAGCCAGAGAGAAAGAUUGGCUGUGACAAAAGCAUUCCGCACUGCAAUAAUUGCGUCCGAACGAGGAGAGAGUGUGCUGGCUACGGGAUUCGCCUGAACUGGCCUGACCAGCUUCGCAGCAGGGAGAAAGAUCUAAUCGUUUGCCCCGUGGUAGAGAUAGCGAGUGCUCAAGAGCACCACCAGACUCUUGGGACUAGGUUCCUCAAUACCACUCACAGACACUUCCGCUUGGCGACCAAGCGACGCGUCAUGUGGCAUCAGGUCAUGCACCGAGCGUCUGUUGGACCAGUCGCUUCUGUUACCCUUUACUCACCCCAGCUAGAUGAAGACGGCAUGCUCCUGGUUUACUAUCAUAGCGCCAAUGUGCUCAACGACCCGGACGGCAAAUGGCUUUCGGUGUCAUAUCCUUCCAAUGCGAUCGCAGCUCAUCAUCGUCAAGGAGCCGACGCCGCGUCAAGUCACAAGAUUAAGGCGAUCCACGGACUAUACAAGACUCUCGACAACUCUUCUCUCAGUGCCGAAACUCAUGUGGCUACUACAAUGAUGCUGUGCAUGUACACUGUUAUCGGUCUAUUUGGCUGCUCUGUCGAGGUCUUUGACAACAUAUCGUCUAUCAACCAAAUACGCACAAUGAUGCUGAAGUCGGAGAGGAGCGACAUCAAGAGAAAGACAGAACAGUUCAGGAUCGUCUUGCAAGAGAAGCUGGAGAGCCUAGUACACUUCCUAAGCCCUGACGAAGUUGCACACUCGACGAGCGCCCAGAUUCGAGAUGCAUUAGCCACUGCGGAAUUGUAUCGCUUGGCAAGUCUGCUAUACCUCCAGCGUGUCGUUCCUGUCGCAGGCGACGAGAAGAAGAGAAUUAGCUACUUGGAACAGGCAUACGCAGCGAUGAAAGAAGUGCGUGUAGCGACAAGCCCCUGGCCAGUGUUCAUUUUCGCAUGCGAGACGCGUUCGGAAGAGCAGCGCAUUUACAUACUUGACAUCCUGGACCGCAUGGACAGAAUUAGGAAUGUCGGGAACGUACGUGUUAUGCGGUCCGUGAUUGAGAACAUAUGGAUACAACAGGAUCUGCGGGAAUUGGUAGAUGCAACGGGAACGAUACCAUGGUGGCUCUGUAUUGAGUCCGACCUGCCAGUACCUUGGUUUGCAUGA